AUGGCAAACAUGGAUAGAAGUGGAUCCUAGAUGGCAUUAUCGUCAUCCAACAAAUAUAAUAACAUUUACAAUAGUAAUCACAAUUCAAAUAUUAGCAAAUUAAAACCUAAUCCCACAUCACUAACUAACUAACUUUCAUAACAAGCUCAAACUGGAUAUAAUAAUUUGGCGAGCACAGAAAAUCAAAACAGUUCUUUAAAGUUUAAGAACAGAAAAGAACUCUAUACUUCUCAAUAGCAGUAGUAAAUCGCUGGUGGGAUGGCAUAAAACCAUUAGUUAAACAGCCCUUGCUUCAUGAAUCAAGCCACUAGUAGAUCAAAUAGUCACAUGAACAGCAGCUUUAACUAGGCUCCUGGAGAUCUAAGAAGUGAUUUAAGAAAAGACUGGCUAGAGCAAGAACUUUUAGUAAGUCAUUGUGCAAUAAACUAGAUUACUCACACUCUCCUUCAGAAAAGAAAGGAGAUAAAGUUACUUAAAUUUUACAACCAGCCUGAUCAGCACUAAAAAUAGACUGAAUUUAUACAACUUAGGAAAAAAAUAACUAAGUACUUUGAAGAUCAUAAAACCAUAGAAAAAAGACUUUAAAAAUAUUAAUUGAUGGCUGAUGAUGUAGGCUUAUAAAGUGGACUAUUUCUACUUCUUACUCUAUCAGAUGAUGAGAUAAAGGGGAUUAGUAAUGAUCCUCAAUUGAAUACUCAUUCUGAAUACAAGAGUUCAAUCUCAAGUGGGUCAUCUGAUCGAGGAAAGGGUACCUCAAUCUUGUCGUAAACCUCUAAAUAUAUGAAGAAAUACGAAAAGAAAAAAAUCUAAAAAGAGUUUAAAACAGGAUGGUUCAGGAAAAAUAUCAACUAUCUAAUUAACACCAUAGACUCUGUACUAUCAGAUCAUUCAUUUAGUCUAAAUAGUAGUAGAAUAGCAAUAAUUUUACUGUCAAAUCUGCAUUUCAUCUCAAAAUCUGCAACCAAAUCUUAUACUAAAAAGAAGACAACAUUCAACAAAUUCCUAAAAAUUUUUGAACUAAAUAGAGACUUACUAAACGAAGAAGAGUUGAUUGAAAUUGAGAAAGCACUAAUGUACUUCUAUUCUAAACGAGAAAUAUUUUAAGUUACUAAGAGAAGCUACUUUUAGUAUAAGAAGAAAGAUUCUCAACCCUACUAAUUUAUCACUGACAAUGAACCAUUCAGACCUAAAAAGCUAAUUAGAUCAGAUUCAGUAGAGUCGCUUAUUGAAUAAAUAAACACAGAAUAGUAAUACAGAUAAAUGAUGCAAGGCAAUUAGUUAGACUUGAGCAAUGUACUUACACAUACUGACAAUAAUGAUGACACAGGAAAACAGCAGCUGAAUAGCUAUGAGUUUAGGAUGCUUGCUGAGGAUCGAACAUUUGACCGACAGUUGUCUCCUCAUGAAUCUAAUGAUAUGGAAUUUAACUAACAAGUAAGGACAACUGGCAGUGUUGGCAAUGACAUGAAAAAUAUCAUAAUGAGGGCUAUGGCAAAUAGAAAACACAAGCAACCAAGCUAAUUCAAUGGAAGCAGAUCUCCUGAAUUAACUACUUCAAACAACAACAGUGUUAUCAGCAAGCUCGAUGAUAUAAAGUAUAAGAGUAAUUACUAUCAAAUUUUAUAUACAAAAAAUCAGAGCAAGUAUUCCAAACGAAAUUUUAAUAAUGACUCUAAUCUCAAAGACUCUAGAAUAUGUGGAUCCCCAAUAGCGGAUACAUUUAUAGACUUCAAAGAUUCAUUAAUAGCAAGAGAUAAAAGUUUUUACCAAAAGUAUAUGAUGGAUUAGUCUAGAGAGGACUUUAAGUAGUAUCAUGGUGCAGAGGCUGGGAGACCCAACAAUGACAGUAUUACUUUUACUAAAAACUCAUCUGCAUACAAUAAUAAUAGUUAAUUUUAAUCAGGACCUCGAAGGCCAACUUAUAAUGAAGGAACAAGUCAGGGCUAAACUUUCAAGGAUAAAUUAUCUUUAGGGAAGAACACUCUCAGCAAAGAUACUCCAGAGAUUCAGGAAUAUGAAAAUUUGGACCUUAAAACUGUACUUAAAAACACUUAAUAGUCAACAUAAAUUGAUAAGAAAUAUUUGUCUGGCAAUUUGGAGAAGUCACUAAAUAAGAAUAGUAAAAUAUAUGCAACAUCUAAUUAAGGAUGUUGUGCAUGCUUUGGUAUAUCGAAGUAAAGUGAAAGAAGAAGCACACUUAAAAAUACUGCAUUGUUGACUAGAUAGUCUGAGGAAUACAAAGGCUCUAUUUUGAAUUAUCAGAGGAUCUCAGUGAAAGAUAGUGUUAAAGAAUAAAUCAGAGUUAAUAGGUAAGCAUUGCAACUAACCUCAGAUUAUUCAAAGAGCAUUCUUUGUCCGCAUAAUAAAAAUUUCUCGCUCGGGGAAAAAUGCAAGAAGUGCUCAUCAACCAAGAAGAUUAAUAAAAUGCUCUCUUCAUAAGAUACUUCCAACUAGGGUGAGAGCUGUGCCAUUUUCUGA